CUGCGCGGUGCGGACUCAGCUCGAACGUUGCUGCUCAGCUGGCUGUUCAAUCUUGUGCCGACCAUUACCGCGAACGGGCGCGGAUUAAUUCGGGUGUCAAUCUCCGGUGUUUUUGUACUUCUCUUCUCUAUUGCUGUCAAAAUUUCCAAAAGGAUAGAAAGAAGGGAAAGGAACUAUUGCUACACAGUGAUCUCCGCCUAAUCUCGUAUAACGCCACCGCGUUUAUCGUUCGCUGCUGGUUCGUACGGUUGUUAGAAAUUGACAAAUUAGAACUCGACAAGCACAAAUUGAAUUUGCGACAGCGGGAAUUGUCAACCGUGAUAGUAGUGAUAGUGAUGAUAAUAGUGCACAAUUGAAACAGAUGGUUUCGUAUGAAAUUUACAUUGGAGGAUCGCAGUGUUUUGAAUAUUUUGUUCGGUAAAAGGCAGUUGGGAAAUGAAUAUAUGUGGAGUGUUUAAUAACAAGUAAAUCUCUGCAGUCUUCUAAUGACUACUGAUUGAGCUGAUAAGCAGCUGUGUUCCUCAUAAGUGCACUUGUGCAUAUGCGCUGUGAUUGAGUUAAUUAUUGAAUCUCCACCACCAUGACGAAUGAGUCAGGUGCAUCGUUAGAAAAAAUGAAAGAACAGCAGCAGCAGCAGCAAAAGCAAUCAACGAUGAAGUCAAGCAGUUCGCUAAAGGAGAAGUUACGUUAUUUCAAGGAUAACAUAACGGUCGAACCUAUCGUUGCAUGCUAUAUUAUGCCGAGCGUGUUGGCCGGACUGGCGACGCAGAAUCUCAACCUAGAAAAAGCAUGCCGGGUGAACUUGGAUUACGGAGAGACGAUAUGUGACGCCCUGACCCGACGGGACACGGCUAAUUAUACACAUGAAGAGGAAAUGGUCCAGCAGAUUGUAGCUCGUAUGGCUGGUUGGAAAACCGUGCUCCAGAGUGCCCUCCCCUGUCUGCUCAUCCUUUUCUGGGGCUCCUGGAGUGAUCGGCAUGGUCGGCGAAAACCUUGCAUCCUUAUUCCAAUUAUCGGCGAGUUCACAACGGCUAUCGGUUUGAUCUUGUGCACAUACUUCGAGUGGUUGCCAAUGGAGGCGGCUGCGGUGACGGAAGCAUUAUUUCCUGCCCUGGCGGGCGGCUGGUUCACCAUGUUUAUGGGUGUCUUCAGUUAUAUCGCGGACGUGACGACAACAGAAGAACGAACGCUCCGAAUUGGCAUUGUGAAUUUAUGCUUCUCGCUCGGUGUUCCAAUCGGGAUGGCGUUCAGCGGCAUUCUGCUCAAAAAAAUCGGAUUCUACGGUGUGUUCUCGAUUUCGGCUAGCCUCUAUCUGGUGGCAUUCUUCUACGGGGUGUUUUUCCUCGAGGAGGUCGACAUCGUCAACGAGAAGGAGCGGUUGAAGGCGCAGGAGAAGAGUGUGCUGGCCGACUUCUUCGACAAGGAACACGUGGUGCAGACCUUCCGUGUGGCGUUCAAAAAAGGCGAACGGCAGCGCCGACUGCGGGUGAUAAUGCUGAUGAUUGUGGUAAUGGUUGUCAUCGGCCCGUUGCACGGUGAAAUGUCUGUCAUUUACCUCUUCACGAGGUAUCGUUUCAACUGGAGCGAAGUCGAAUUCAGUUUUUUUUCCACGUACGGUAUGCUGACUGGUCUCAUCGGAACGAUUUUCUCUGUGGGUGUAUUUUCACAUAUGCUACAUAUUGAUGACGCACUGAUUGGUGUGAUGUCCUGUAUGUCCAAGAUUCUAUCCAGUUUCGUGUAUGCGUUCGCCGUUACUACGUGGCAACUUUAUCUAGGACCAAUCGUGGAGAUGCUAAAUGGAACCUCGUUCAUCUCGAUGCGCUCGAUUGCUUCCAAGCUGGUGGCAAGCGAUGAACUGGGAAAAGUGAAUUCAUUGUUCGGUGUAGCCGAAGCACUGAUGCCGCUCGUUUACGCCCCGAUGUAUACCACCGUGUACGCGUCGACGAUUAACGUUCUACCAGGAGCCUUCUUUUUGCUGGGCGGCGGAUUAACCGCUCCGGCGGUUGUGAUUUUCUUAUGGAUGUACCGGGUGCACAAACGUGAGGAACGAAUACUGGCUGAGGAGGAAAAGCAGAAGGAUAAAUUCAGCCAGAUUGCGGAUGCUCCGGAAAAUGGGUCUGCUGGGGCAAGUAUUAUGAAUGGAACCAUUGUUACCGUCGACAGCGUCAAAAUGGUUGAAGAUGACGGUGGAUCUGUGCUCACUGGAAGGUUUGGUUCGAUGAAGAGGUCCUCAGCCACGAGGGGAUCUAUAUCUGCUGCUGCAGGUAGAACAAACGCAGGAUUCGUGCCAGAUGAGGGAGAUACAAUGAUGCAAGAGACGAUUGAAAUCAUGAAAACAUUACCGGUGCUACACGUGGAACAUUGCAAACUGUGAUCAAAUGAGGCGUUGUUAUGUGGGUGUGAUGACAUAUCAGAUAGUAUUAUUUUUUGUGAUUAGAGAUAUUUUUUAAAACGAAUGUUUGUGACGUUUUCAAUAAAGAGACAAUACCAUAA